AGCAAACACAGUGUCAGGACUUCAACCAGUUAAAGCUAGAUUCGCUGCUUCAUCUGCGAACUUUCUGGAAGACACGAGUUUCGCUUAUACUCUUCACACCAAAAUAUGGCCUUUUUCGUCAUCUUCAUCUGCCUUCGUUUUUCAAUUCACCGUUUCUGAGAUAUCAUAUCAAAUGACUCAUAAUCACAUCACCACCGAUUCCCCUCUCUCUCGUCGCAUUGUUCGUGCCUUCCUCCAAUUCCUCAACUCUGUUGAACCCAGCCCAGGGGUUGAUGCUGAGGGGAUUGAGGUUGCAAGGGAGUGUUUGGUGGAGGCUUUUAGGCUUAAUUCAUCUCCUGUGAAUGGUGAUCCUGUGAAACCUGAUUCACUGAUUGACAUUUUCAAGUCUCUUGAAGCUAACAAGCAAUGUGAAACGAGUAAGUCAGAUAUUGGUCCUCAACCUGAUUCUGUGGCCACUUCCAGUUCAUUGUCUGGCGAGAAUCCUGCUCAUGCAGAAAAUCAUUCUCAGGCAUCGAAAUCUAUGGAUGAAGAUUGGACACAGGACUCGCAUGCUUUUGUAUCUAAAGAUGAACUCUGUGGACAAUUCUUUGCUGCUCUGGAGAAAAAUCACUAUUGUGGGACCAAUACUGAUGGGAGUGAUGAUCCAGUGCAACUGGAGAAAGCAUGUCGUUUAUUCGAUGAGGCUUUUAUGGAGAUGGAAAGGUCUGGGUGUCAUCAGUUUAGUUUGAAGAAUUUGGCUGAAUCACUGAAAUCACUAGGUAACAAGGCAAUGCAAGCUAAGCAAUACUCUGAUGCAAUAGAUUUGUAUGAUUAUGCUAUUGCACUCCAUGAAAAGAGUGCUGUUUACUAUUGCAACAGGGCAGCUGCUUACACUCAGAUUAACAAAUAUACGGAAGCAAUCCAAGAUUGCCUUAGAUCAAUUGAGAUUGAUCCAAACUACAGCAAAGCAUACAGUCGAUUGGGUUUAGCUUAUUAUGCUCAAGGAAAUUACAGAGAUGCUAUUGAGAAAGGGUUUAUAAAAGCCUUGCAGUUGGAUCCAAAUAACGAGUCUGUCAAAGAAAAUAUUCUGGUAGCUGAGCGUAAAUUGUUAGAAGAGCAACAUCAUGCAGAUCACAAUCAGAGUUCAAGAUCAUCUCAGGAGUUCCAAAACCAAUCUGCACGAGGAUCAAGAAGCCAUGCAGUGCCGCCUCCAUUUUCCUCAAUGCCGUUUAACCCCAACGAUCUUGCAAGCAUGUUCAUGAACAUAGCCGCAAAUGCUACAAAUGUGCAUCAGGGGUCACAUACUCAGGAAAGGCAAGAAGAUAGCAACAGUAGUGGAGCUAAUGAACCCGAAAUAAGAAUUGGGGGAAAUAUUAGUGUAAACUUUGACCAAAUGCCUGAGGAUAUAACAGGAGCGUUUCAAUCUAUGAUGGAAAUGUUAUCUGGGGCUGUACCCCCCGGCCAACCACAUGAUCAAAUGAAUGGAAGAACACCUCCAAACUAGCCUAUUUAUGCAUUGUCAGAUUGUAAAGACUCACAAAUUUGUGAAAUUAUUUUUUCUUUUUCUUUUUUAACUGAUUACAGCAUUCACUGACAAGAUUCUCCCCGUUUUUACAUCAUUUAUGGAGUAUUGAGGCGUCCCCUUUUGGGAAGCAACCCAAUGUCCAUACUUAUACAGAGGCUGGGACUUGUGAUUCACUAAAGGGCAUCAUCUUUAAGUUUAGAUAAUCAUUGUUUGCAAGAGAAAUGUCAGUAAUGUAGCCUUUGGAUAAGUGUUUUUUAAAAAGUCAAAGUAUUUGCUUUAUAAGUUGAUAAUCUUUAUGAUUUUGACUUUU